AUGCCCAUAGCUACCCCUCUACAGGCAUUCCUAGCCUAUCCUAUCCGGACACGCCUGACCCUCGCCAUCCUCCCGCUACUCCUCUUCGCGUUCCUACUCCGACCUUUCCGCUCCCCUCCUCAUUCAGAUCUCGAUGCCACCACCGCCGCCAUCCUCAACGAUGCAACCUUUCAGUAUCCCUCUGAUCCACAUCAUGCGGCAAUAACGCAGCUCCGGCCCAAACGGGUCUUGAUUGUCGGCGCGGGGGCUAGCGGGUCCGCAGCUGCCUUCUUUCUCCGGCGGGCGGCGCGGGUCAUGGAGGAAAGGAUCGGGGUGGAGGAGGGCAGACUGGUCAGUGAUAUCGUGGUCAUAGACAAGGAGGGAUAUGUGGGCGGACGUGAUACUACGGUCUAUCCUCGAGACGAUCCUCGAGCUAGGCCUAUCGAGCUCGGCGCGUCGGUCUUUGUGGAAGCCAACAAGAAUAUGAACAAGGCUGCGAAGCUGUUCAAUCUGACUGUCGUCCAGCCUGACUUUGGCGAUACCGGGCUAGGUAUCUGGAACGGGACUGCGUUCCUUUAUCAGACCUCACUCUCCCACUCGAUCUUCAGUGGAUGGUGGGACACCCUCUCCGCCGCAUACCGCUACGGCCCCCUCUCGCCCAUCCGUACCAACUCCGCCGUCAACGCGCUUGUCAAGCGGUUCUCUAUGCUGUACAAUUUCAAGAUUAUGAGUGAACGCGGGGCGGUACGGUCCGUCCGGGCGAUGGCCGAUCAUUUGGGACUGGGAGCAGAGAUGACGAAGCGGAAGGCGGAUGACUGGGUGUUGAAGGGGGUCGGAGUUGGGGAGAAGUGGAUGGGGGAGGUGAUGGAGGGGACGACUAGGAACUACGGAAUGGACAUGAGCUCGAUUCACGCCCUCGCCGCUGGUGUGUCGAUGGCGACUAGCGGAGCAUCCAGUAUCGAAGGCGGGAACUGGCGGGUCUUUGAGGGGAUGCUCAAGAAUGCUUCGGCCACACUGGUUCUGGGGACAACUGUAACCGACAUCUUGCCCUUCACGAAUGAGCAAGGCGAAGGGAUGUUCGAAGUGCGGACAAAUACAUCAGAGUCAGCACAAGCCCAGCCCUUCGACAACGUCUUCUUUGCCGCACCAUGGCACCUGAGCCCGAUAUCAAAGUCGAUGGCCCACUUUUUUGACGAGAAGAUACCACAUCAAAAGUACACUCACCUCCACGUCACGCUGUUCACCACUACCAAAGCCCGGCCCGACCCCGUCUUUUUCUCCUUGCCACCCGAUACCGUCCUCCCUGGACUCAUCCUAACCUCCUCCUACCUCUCACGUAGUGGCGCCGCGGGACUCCCACCACCUCGUUUCCACUCGAUUGGGUGGCAUGGUGAGACAUACCCUGGCUCAGGCGAAUACACCGUCAAGAUCUUCUCGAUGACUUAUCUGAACGACGACUUUUUGGCGGACCUAGCAGGCGAACGGCCCAGCUGGGUCUAUCGGAAAGAAUGGGACGCUUACCCUCGCAUGACGCCUGUCUCGCACUACGCGCCCGUCGAGCCCUUCAAGGGGUUCCAGUACCUCGCGGCAAUGGAGCCUUGGAUCUCUUGUAUGGAAACCCAAACGCUCAGUGCAAGAGAAGCAGUCGCGCGCGUGGUAGAAGACUGGUGGGGUAUGGGACUAGGUGAAUGCAGGGGAGGGGGUAUGGCUUGGGACUGGACGUGUCCUAACGAGUUGUAA